CGCCACGUUUGACAUGAAGAAAAUACGCAGCCGAUCGUUUGCCCACACGGUUACCAGGCAAAUCGACAUGACAGAUUUUGAAGUAUCCGUACAACAGUUGAAUGACCUAUUGGCAAACGGGAGCGGUUACUACAGCCUGCCAUCACAUCAUUUCAACGAAGUGUUCCCCAGGAUUUACGUCGGAAACGCGUUUGUGGCGAUGAACGUCAUGCGCUUGAAACGCUUGGGAAUCACCCACAUCCUGAACGCCGCCGAGGGCGUCUCCUUCAUGCACGUCAACACCGACGCAGAGUACUACGCUGGCACGGGCAUCACGUACCACGGCAUGCCCGCCAGUGACACUGACCACUUCGACCUGAGCGUCUACUUUGAGGAGGGGGCUGACUUCAUAGAGAAGGCACUGGCACAUAAAGACGGGAAGGGUAAGGUGUACGUCCACUGCCGAGAGGGCUACAGCCGCUCGCCCUCGCUGGUCAUCGCCUACCUGAUGCUGCGCCACAGGAUGGACGUGCGCUCUGCUGUGGCCAUGGUGCGCCACAAGAGAGAGAUCGGCCCCAACGAUGGCUUCCUGCGACAGCUGUGCCAGCUCAACGAGAGGCUUGCGUCCGAGGGAAAGUUCUGGAACCAGUGAGACGGUCCCCCCUGUGGCGUCAGAGGCCUCCGCUUCCUCUGGAAACUCCCAGAUACACGCUCGAGCGAUGCUACCACACAUUGUUACGGUGUACAGUAUCAUUGCGUGAACAGAUGCUGUCAUAUUAGUGUUUGAACACCAGUAACAUACGCUUACUUUCACAAUGAUUUUCAUAUGUACGCAAACAUGUGCCGGUAUGUUCGAGAAGCCCACACAGGCAGAGGUUAUACACAGACACACAGUCACUCACUGCCACCUGCUGGCUUUGAUUUCUGAUCUGAUAAUGAAGGGGAGAUCAAAAGGAAGAUGGAACCCGUCUGAAGGAGGAAUGUUGCCUCCGUCCUUCCACCCCUUCCUCCUCAGCGUCAGUCCUUCUCUUCUCUCUUUCUAUCCCUCUCUCCCUGAGUCCGACUGUGACCUAGCUCUUGCCAUCACACUGCCAGUCUAGGAGGCCCUCCAGCCUCUGAGAGCUAUUAGCACUGUGCCCCACCCACCAGGGAUUUAAGAGUUAAUAUAUCAGGUUUUUGUACUUUUAAAAAGGGUUCCAUUUGAAGCCAGAAUGGCUCCUGGAUAUGAGUUGUUCUGUCCAAUAGUUCCUCCAGAUAAAUUAAGUUACUCCACAUGGAAAUACAACUUGGUUGUAUCAAUUUAUCAUGGACUUUGGUGAAGGGGAAGGGUCAUGUCCAAAAGUAUGAUGCCCCAUUAUUAAGGUAUAAGGUACUCAUUACUAGGAACACUUAAAAUAAAUGAUCCCACCAAAGCACAAAUGUCAUAUUUUCUUCAUCAAACUGCCUGAAUGUGAAAUUUAUGUUGUAACAUUGUACUGUAUGAUACUGUAUAAUGUCUGUUUUAUGUAAAUUAUGUAUCAAAGUAAUUUUGCACAGUUCCUGUACUGACUUUAUGACAUGCAAUGACCUAGAUUUGUUUUCACAAGACUACAAAAUAGAAAUGCCUCACCUGCAUUGAUACUUGAUCCUAAACGACACGCAUACGAUUGUUAACUCUCUUUUUAUCUGUUCUGUAAUAAACAGCGAAAAGUAAUGCAAUGCACCUAUUAAAACUCUUUGUGUUAGUGUUACGUGUGUGUUGUGUGCGUAGUGUUUGUGUGAAAGCCUCACUCUUUCAUCAAAGUAAUUUUGCCAAUAUGUCUGUCCUUAGAGGAUUUUGUAUUAUAUGU